GCAGUUUUACUAUGCACCCAGAGGAUGGGGUCUCAACAUGCAAGAGCUGGCCAACUGAUUACCAAAGAGCUUGAAAGAGUACAGGAAUCAUGCUGCUACUGAUACAGUUAACAAGCACCAGACCCGUUUAAUACUGCAAAGGAUUAAAUAUGCUUCAAAUCAUCCUGAAAACAAGUGGCCUGGGUUAGUGAAACGAGAGGAGAUUAUCCAUUCAGUCACCACAAGCUCACUGUUCAAUUGUAUGAGCCAUCUGCUGCCCAAGAUAGGAAAUUAGAAGGAUUAAUUCAUAAAGGCCAUUGUAGAGCUUUGGAGGCCAAACCUAGUGAAUUAACCUCAGUGAAGGUUUCUCCCUCUGCGUAUCUGUUGACUGGCAGCAGUGAUCCUUGCUACAUUGAAGCUUACCAUUUAGCAGAUACAAAUGAUGGAAGAGUCACUUUACACUUGAAGAUUAUAAAUUUGACGGAGCUUGAGCUGAAUCGUGUGGAUAUACGGGUCGGGUUAUCGGGUGCCCUGUACUUCAUGGAUGGCUCUCCUCAAGCAACACGGCAGUUGCGUAAUGUUGUUUCACAGGUUGCAUUUCCAUUGUUGAUUAACAGAACCUUGCAAACCGAUCUCUUUUUUUCAGCUGUGUUCCGCGGCAAAAACAUGGCACGGAGGCUUCCUGGGAAUGGUAUUUGGAGCGAGUGAAGUGAGCAGGAACGUGGAUCUGGGUGACAAGACGACCACGAUGAUGUGCAAAUUCGUGGUGCGAGCAUCGGAUGCAUCCAUCACAAAGCAAAUAGAGGCAGAUCUUCAGGGAUGGUGUGAUGAUCUGACUGAAGGCGGGGUUGAGUACAUGCCCGAAGACAUGUCAAGUCUGCAGCUGCUGAGAAGCUUAGAAUCUCGAUGGAGAGGUUAGCUCUGUUGAAAGCCGCUCGACCCAAAAAGACUCCAAAGGUGGAGGAGGAAGAAGAGGAAGAGGAAGAUGACGACGAAGAAGGAGAAGAAGAAGAGAAAGAAGAAGGAGAAGAGGGAGAGAAGUCAGAGAAGGAGAAAGGGAUGUUGUCAAAGUUAACAGCAGAGGAGACGGAGCAUCGUGCACUUCAGGCUGCGGUUCUUCAGGAAUGGCAUAUCUAUUGAGUGAUUUGGUUGGAAUAUCAGUAAAAACAGGGGAGUUUCCAGUUAAAAAUGCUCUCAGGGGGUAAAUCGUGAUCGUUUGUAAUGUAAAUAUGAGAUUGUGGGCUUUACUUUUUACCCGAAGACGCUCUCUGAAAUCAAGGCCAGAUGCUUCUGGAUCGUCAAGAGGUUCCGGCACACGAAAAGAACCGGGUGAAAACCGGAAACGCGACAUACCGAAUCGUCUAUUGCCGCUAAUUUAAACUCCGGUUCAGUGUUUUUGACUCUCUCAACCGAAAAGGUGAACCGGAUUGCUAUUCAGAUGUUUAAAUAGGAGAAGCCGGAUAGGCGGAGAAGCCAUUCCCGAUCCGAGUUUCGAAGAAAUCUGUUUCUGCCUGAAAAGGUUGCAGCUUUGCGAAUCUGUGAUUCGAUGGGGGGAUUAUACAAGGACGUGGAAGGAGCGUCGACGCAGUGGGAUGAUAUCCUCCCGCCGAAGCCUCCGGCGUUCAAGCCACCUGCUUUUACGCCCCUAAGGAUAGUCUUGGAUCCAGGAUAAGACGGAAGAAGAGCUUGAGGACAGCAAGGAUCUCGACGAUGAUCGCUUCCUCGAAGAAUACAGGUUGCUGAGAACAAAGAAGUCUCUGCAUCAAUGGAGGACAACAACAACAGCAAUGGCAAAGCCUCUCAGCUCGAUGUUCUGCAAAAGGAGCCGACUUUGGUGAAACCCAUAUCCGAAACUCAAAAGGGUCUCUAUUUCCUGUCGAAUCUUGAUCAGAACAUCGCCGUGAUCGUCCGAACGAUCUAUUGUUUCAAAUCAGAGGAAAAAGGAAAUGAAGAAGCAGCUGAUGUGCUCAAGAACGCUCUCAGCAAGGUUCUUGUUCACUACUAUCCUCUCGCUGGGAGGCUCACCAUUUGCCCAGAAGGUAAGCUUAUAGUGGACUGUACGGAAGAAGGAGUUGUGUUUGUGGAAGCAGAAGCAAACUGUACAAUGGAUGAGAUCGGUGAUAUUACAAAACCUAAGCCCGAAACCCUUGGCAAAUUGGUAUAUGAUGUUCCUGAUGCCAAGAACAUUCUUGAAAUCCCUCCUGUUACAGCUCAGGUGACCAAGUUCAAGUGCGGAGGCUUCGUUCUUGGACUCUGCAUGAACCACUGCAUGUUCGAUGGAAUCGGAGCCAUGGAGUUUGUCAAUUCAUGGGGCCAGACGGCAAGAGGGUUACCGUUAACAACCCCUCCAUUUUCAGACAGAACCAUCCUCAGAGCUCGAAACCCACCAAAGAUCGAACAUCUCCACCAAGAGUUUGCAGAAAUAGACGACAAAUCCAACAUCAACGCACUCUACGCAGGCGAACCGAUGCUAUACAGAUCCUUCUUUUUCGACCAGGACAAGAUCAAGAAACUCAAGCUCAAGGCCACUGAAGAUGGUGAAGUUCUUGACAACUGCACAACCUUCGAGGCCUUGUCGGCUUUUGUGUGGAGGGCAAGAACGAAGGCCCUGAAAAUGUUGAAUGACCAAAAGACCAAGCUUCUGUUCGCAGUGGACGGCAGGGCCAAGUUUGAGCCCCCUCUUCCAAAAGGGUAUGUCGGGAACGGAAUCGUUCUGACAAACGCCAUUUGUGAAGCAGGGGAACUUCUUGAAAAGCCCUUGGCUUUCGCAGUCGGGUUAGUCCGUGACGCGAUCAAGAUGGUGACUGACGGGUACAUGAGAUCUGCAAUAGAUUACUUCGAGGUCACAAGGGCAAGGCCGUCUCUUUCAUCGACGCUUCUCAUCACGGCAUGGUCGAGAUUGUCGUUCCACACUACAGAUUUUGGCUGGGGAGAACCGGUUUUGUCCGGUCCGGUCGCCUUGCCGGAGAAGGAAGUGAUUCUCUUUUUGUCUCAUGGAGAACAGAGGAGAAGCAUCAAUGUUCUUCUUGGACUUCCUGGUUCAGCCAUGGAUGUAUUCGAAGAGCAGAUGAGGCAGAUAUGAAAAGAACGACAAGGAAGAUUCUACAGCCUCUUUCCUCUCACCAUGUCAAUGUUUCUGGUUAUCAUGUUUGUCGUAUUCGUUACUCGUAUUGUCGCCAUUGAAAUCGAUUCCGCCUUUCCAAUUUUUUCUUUUUACUGAAAUGUCGUCUUCACCUGAAAAAUCCUGCCUGUAUCUUACGUCGAAUUCAAACCAUUAAUAAUUUGAUGAGUAUUCUUUUGGUUA